AUGUCUGAAAGUAUUAACGAUCCUGAAACGAAUAGUAAUUUUAAUGCCAAAGACCAACACAAAAAAAAGGGAAACUCGGUUUUACUUACUUUAAGCUUAGCUUUUAAAUCGAUAGGCAUUGUAUUUGGUGAUAUUGGUACUUCUCCCUUAUAUG